AGUGAAUUCUUUGAGGGUUGUGGCAGCACAGGCUUAGCAGGAGUGGGGGAGUGGGUGCUGCAGUGAGCACCGGUGCAUUCCUUGGGCCCCUCCCGCUGAUACUGAAAGCUCUGCAGAUUACACGUGGUGCUCCGAACACCGUAAUUUCAUUAUUAGGAACAGUUGAUUUCUAAUACGGCGGAGGGUGCGACAUUCAAAUGGUGCGAGUCGCGUGCCUCUCACGAAGAGUAAACUUGCUUAAGUCCGUAAUCACUUCUAGGCUUGGAUCGCAUUGUUAGGGGGAUAGCAAAUAGUUUUAGUAAGGCCUUGUGAGGAAGGUGGGCCUGUGGUUUGGUCUAGUUUUGCUGUCAGGGAGAAGCAUGUGUUGACAGUGCAGAAGUGUCUCCCAGAACAUGGAAGAGCGAGCCUUCUGAGAAAAAAAAUAUAUAUAACACUUAUAAUGAAAGCAGAGAGCGAGGGGUGGAUUGCUCGUGGUACAGCUCAAACCUAGAUUGAACCAGUUCCUGACAUGCUAAUUCCAUAUUCAAUGAAGAAUUGCUUCCGAUUACUUUGUCAGCACAAGGUCCCAACAGCUGGCUUUAAAAGCCCACCCACACAUGGGCUCAUUUUACAAUCAGUUUCCAAUGAUGUGUAUGAAAAUCUGGCUAUAGAAGACUGGAUCCACGACCACAUACAUCUUGAAGGCAAGCCAAUUCUUUUCCUUUGGAGAAAUUCUCCGUCUGUCGUCAUCGGUAGGCAUCAGAAUCCAUGGCAGGAAUGUAACCUCCAUCUGAUGAGACAGGAUGGAAUAAAACUGGCCCGGAGGAAGAGUGGAGGAGGAACAGUGUACCACGACAUGGGUAACAUCAAUCUCACCUUCUUUACCACCAAACCCAAGUAUGACAGAAUGGAAAAUCUGAAACUAAUCGUGAGAGCUCUGAAUGCUGUCCAACCUCAGCUGGAUGUACAGCCUACCAAAAAAUUUGACCUGUUACUUGACGGGCAGUUUAAAAUCUCAGGAACCGCAUCAAAGAUUGGCCGGACUGCCGCGUACCACCACUGCACCUUGUUAUGCAGCACCAACAGGACAGCUCUGUCUUCCUCACUGAAGAGCCCUUACCGAGGGAUAAAGAGCAACGCCACCCCCAGCAUCCCUUCUGCAGUCAAAAACCUUCUGGAGAGAGAUUCCACUCUGACCUGUGAAGUUCUGAUGAGCGCCGUGGCUGCAGAGUACGCGGCGUAUCAUCAAAUUGAAAAUCAUGUUAACCUAAUAAACCCUGCAGAUGAGACGAUGUUUCCUGGGAUAAACAGCAAAGUCAAGGAACUGCAAAGUUGGGAGUGGGUAUACGGCAGGACUCCCAAGUUUAGCGUGGACACCACGUUUCACGUGCCGUAUGCGCAGGCGCAUUUGGAAAUCCAAGUGUUCAUGGACGUAAAGAACGGUCGAAUCCAAACCUGUGAUAUUAAGGCACCUGAUCACUGGCUGCCACUGGAAAUUGGUGACAAAUUAAACUCAAGUUUCAUUGGCAGCAAAUUCUGUCCCGUUGAAACCACCCUGCUGAUGAAUAUAUUACUGAGGACAUGUCCAGACGAUCAUCACUUACACAGUAAAUGGAACAUUCUGUGUGAAAAAAUCAGGGGAAUAAUGUGACCCCCAAUAACUUUCUUUACACUGGCAGUUUCAGCAAGAAAAUUUUUUAAUUACAAUUUAUUUUACAUCUCCUUAGGAAAGAAAUAGGGGUGUCAGGUUCAAACUGUUUCAGUCUUGAGGUGGCCUGUUCCUAGUUUCCACUCCUUAGCUUUUGUCACAAACUUUGACUGAUAAUCUGUUAAGAGUUUUGGCCCUUGGAAAUGAGCCUUUCAGGGCCCCGUCUUAUUUCAUUUCUCCUCUCAUUAAACUUCAGAGAAGAAGCUGUGUCCUUUUCCUUAAGGCUAACUAACUCCCUACCUGGAUUUUGUCCUCUCCUGCUUGU